CGUUGCACCGAUCGGUUCGGUUCGUUUUUGAAAAUGUGGGUCGUGCUGUUCACCUUCAUCGCCCUGCCCCUGCUCUUGGUGGCCUAUUUCGAGCUGGGAUCACUGCGCCAGAAGCGGAGGCUAAACCAGUUCCGGGGUCCCAGCAUGCUGCCGGUGGUGGGCAACGCACAUCAGAUGGGCAAGACGCCCUCAGAGAUACUGAACCGAUUCUUUGGCUGGUGGCAUGAGUAUGACAAGGAUAACUUUCGAUAUUGGAUAGGCUACUACUCAAACAUAAUGGUCACCAGCCCCAAAUACAUGGAGUUUAUACUCAGCAGUCAGACCCUGAUAUCAAAGUCAGAUGUGUACGACCUUACACACCCAUGGCUGGGACUGGGACUUCUCACGAGUACGGGCAGCAAGUGGCACAAGCAUCGCAAGAUGAUCACCCCGGCAUUCCACUUCAACAUCCUCCAGGACUUUCACGAGGUGAUGAACGAAAACUCCAGCAAGUUCAUCGAGCAUCUAAGGGGCCUUGCUACCGGGGACAACAUAUUUGACUUUCAGGAUGAAACCCACUACCUAACCCUGGAUGUUAUUUGCAACACUGCCAUGGGUGUGUCCAUCAAUGCCAUGGAAAACCGCAGCUCAUCUGUAGUCCAGGCUUUUAAAGACAUGUGCUAUAAUAUGAAAAUGAGAGCCUUUAGUCCAUGGAAACGCAAUGAUAUGCUCUAUCGUUUGGCUCCCGAAUAUCCCAAAUACAGCACAACUUUGAAAACUCUGCAGGACUUCACCAAUGAUAUUAUCGAAAAGCGAAUUAAAACUCUUAACUCAAGUGUUGAGUCAAAAACCCAAGGAGAUGAGUUCUCUCGCAAAAAGAUGGCAUUUUUGGAUACUCUACUUUCAUCCACAGUUGAUGGACGACCCUUGACUUCUCAGGAGCUUUACGAAGAGGUCUCCACAUUCAUGUUCGAAGGUCAUGAUACAACCACCUCUGGAGUGGGCUUUGCCGUUUAUCUGCUCUCCAGGCAUCCAGAAGAACAGCAAAAAUUAUUCGAUGAACAAUGCGAAAUUAUGGGUGAAUCUGGACUUGGCCGCGAUGCCACCUUUCAGGAAAUAUCUCAAAUGAAAUACCUAGAUCUCUUCAUAAAGGAAGCACAGCGACUCUAUCCCAGUGUUCCUUUUAUUGGCCGUUUCACAGAAAAGGAUUAUGUGAUAGAUGGCGAUUUGGUACCAAAGGGUACCACACUGAACCUGGGUCUUUUGAUGUUAGGCUAUAAUGAUCGCGUUUUUAAGGAUCCCCUUAGGUUCCGACCCGAGCGCUUUGAGGAGCAGAAGCCAGGACCUUUCGAGUAUGUGCCCUUUAGUGCCGGUCCUCGAAACUGUAUUGGCCAGAAGUUUGCCUUGCUCGAGAUCAAGACUGUGGUAUCCAAGAUCGUUCGCAACUUUCAAGUCCUGCCUGCCCUGGAUGAGCUUAUUUCGAAGGAUGGCUACAUUAGCACUACCCUGGGACUUCCUCCGGCGGAGAAGGCAAAACGAGAUGAACACAUCCAUAAAUACGAUCCGAUUUUGUCCGCUGCCAUGACUCUAAAGUCGGAGAAUGGUUUACAUCUGCGCUUGAAGAAGAGGCACUAAUCGCAACCACCAU